AUGACGUGGAGAGCCUCCCAAACGGUGCGCGCCGUAGUCAGCUACGUGACUUGGCUGAGAAUGUCCUCGGUCAUGGAGGAGAACAACGUGCAAUUGUGGUCAUGGUGGAUAGAUGGGAUCUUGACUCUCAUUACCAAGUUAGAGAAUGAGUUUUGCUCCAAGAGCAUCGGUGUAAAGCACAUAGUUUUGGUUGGAUCCAUGGGUGGAACAGGCAUCAAUCACCCAUUAAAUAAGUUAGGAAAUGGGAAUAUACUGGUGUGGAAGCGCAAGGUGGAACAGUACCUAGCAAACUCUGGUCUGCCAUAUACAAUUAUAAGGGCUAGAGGUUUACAAGAUAAAGAUGGUGGCUUGCGAGAGUUGAUUGUUGGGAAGGAUGAUGAGAUCCUGAAAACAGAAACAAAAACUAUUGCCAGGGCAGAUGUUGCAGAAGCUUGCAUACAGAUAACCUUGCUAUUUGAGGAGGCAAAGUUUAAGGCAUUUGACCUGGCGUCAAAACCUGAAGGUGAAGGGACACCAACUGCAGACUUUAGGGUCUUUUUGCUCUAG